AUGGGCGACGGUGCGCACACCUCCGACGCUGCGUUCGCCCCCGGGGCGGAGCGCGCGCUGGACGCGUCGAACCGUGGCUACCGUCUGCUGGUGAAGAUGGGCUGGCGCUCGGGCUCCGGCCUGGGCAGACACGAGCAAGGCAUCGUGGAGCCCGUCAAGAUGAAGGAAAACCUCGUGUGUCUCGGCCUGGGCAAAGCGGAGGAGUACGACAAGGUGACGCAGUUGGCGACCAGCGAGCGGCGCAAACUGGACGCGGAAGUGGAAGAAACCGCAGAGCAAGUGGCUGAGCGCGAGGCCAGAGGCGCCAAGCAGGAGCAGCUCAAGGCCGAGGUUAAGAGCAUGCAGGCGGCCUUCUACUGCUCCGACUGCCGCAAGCAGUACAAGACGGUGACGGAGAUGGAGAGCCACCUGAGCUCGUACGACCACCACCACACCAAGCGGCUGAGGGAGCUGCAGCAGCAACAGAAGCGACGGGUGGGGACCGAGGAGGAGCAGAGUGCCAAGCGGAGGAAGGAGCUGCAACAGGAAGAGCUUAUGCUGCAGAGGAGAAUCGCUGCUCAGGCCAAGGCGGCGGCAGAUAAGGAGCCUCGUGCUGUAGCUGCAGCUGUGAAGAGUGACACUGAGAAGCAGGCGAAGCCGACGGGUACCGCUAAAGUCGGGUUUAGCUUUGGUGGAGGGGUGAAACCGGGCGUGAAGAAGCCAGUGAAGAAGGCGCUAGCAGUCCCAUCAGUAUUCGCGAACCCUUUCACGCAGUGA